GUUGCUUGGAGGAUAUUGGAGAAACUACAAGUAAGAACCUGGAGAAGCAAGGCCCUGGGCUGCCAGGCUCCCUUCUCCCAAAGAUGGAGAAAUAAAUGAAGAAAUGCAGGAAAAUAAGCAUUGGGUGUUUUCACAAUGGCUACACAAACUAGCCAUGUCCUCUUUGGUCAAGACAACACAUUUCUGGAAAAUCAUUGCAUGAGCAGAAACACUGGCAGAGGUCCAAAGGAGCAAUUGGACCAGAAGGAUAUGAAUGAACGGGGACAACAUUCAGACAAUGGAUUACUGGUUACGCAUGUUAACCAGACCCAGGACUUACUGAGGCUGCAGGGGAGUGAGACUCAGUCUUCAGCUUGGCAGGACUCUGAAGAUUGGCUUUCAACUCACAAUUUAAAGUUUGAGAAACUCACCUUGGCUGACUUGAUAAGUCAGGGCACAGCAGUACUGGAGGAAGGCACCAGUGUCAUGCAAAAACUUCAUUUCUCCACCCAGAUAAUUCGCCACUUUGAAUCAAAGCUUUCUGAAGCUAUUGAACUCUAUCGACAGAGAAUUCAGUGGCUCACAGAAAACAGCAAGAAGGCAUUCGGCCUCAUCCAGGGGGCCAGAGUGGGCAUCCUCAUAGAUGUGUCAGCGGUCAGCAGUGGCCCUCAGCAGGAGGAGUUCCAAAAUGACCUCAUGAGCCUCAUUGAUGAGCAGCUGAGCCUCAAGGAGAAGCUGUAUGUCCUGUCCUUUGGCACCACCACCAUGUCCCUCUGGCCAGACACCGUGGAAGUCAGCGCCUCCACCCUCCAGGAAUUCAAGCUCUGGGUAAAGAAACUGCAGCCUGGUGGAGGCAGCAAUUUGCUACAAGCCCUGAAGAAAAUCUUCACUCUAAAGGAACUGAAUUCCCUGGUGACCAUACUGAGAAGCUGCCCAGAUCAGCCUUCUGAAAUCCUGUGUGACUACAUCCAACAGUCCAUGGUGGGAAGAAACCUCAUCAUCCACCUCAUCACCUACAAAUGCGAGGAUCAGGUGCCCCUGGCUGUCCUGAAGAACCUUGCAGAAGCUGUUCGGGGCUACUAUCACUGCUACAGCCCAGAGAUGGAGCUCCACAGCAGCCAGGAUGUGGACAAACUCCUGGCAGAAACCCAGAAGGCCCAGAGCCUCCUUGACCACGUGCAAGCCCUGUGCCACAGCAGCCCCUGUGAGACGCUCACCUGCACCAUGGAAGAGAUUUCUACAGAGAUUGCAAAAGGGCCACUCACAAGCCUCUUGCCUAAACCCCCAAAGCAUGACUCUCCUCUCACCAUUGAAUUUCCAAACUUGGACAAGACGUCUGCAGAAUGGCUCAAGGUCAAUGGUCUGAAAGCCAAGAAAUUAAGCCUUUAUCAGGUUCUGGCACCCAAUGCAUUCUCUCCUGUAGAGGAAUUUGUGCCUAUUCUCCAGAAAACGGUAUCAUCAACUGUCCAUGAGAAAGCAAUGGUACAAUUCGAGUGGCACGACGGGACAGUGAAGAACAUUCAUGUGGACCCACCCUUCCUCUAUGAGUACCAGAAACAACUCAACAGAGCUAUGCGAAUGUAUGAGAGGCGGAUUGAGUGGCUCUCCCUGGCCAGCAGGAGAAUCUGGGGCACUGUCUGUGAAAAAAGGGUGGUUGUGCUGCUCGAUAUCUCUGCGACCAAUUCCAUGUACAUUAUUCAUAUUCAGCACUCCCUGCGGCUGCUGCUGGAGGAGCAGCUGUCCAACAAGGACUCCUUCAACCUCAUCGCGUUUGGAAGCACAAUUGAAAGCUGGAGGCCUGAGAUGGUUCCCGUGACCCACGACAAUUUACAGAGUGCCUGGCGGUGGGCCCUGAGCCUGCGGUGUCAGGGCAGCAGAAACGUCCUCAGUGCCCUGCGGAAGGCUGUGGAAGUGGACUUCAAGGACAAAGACAAACACCAGUCGCAGGGCAUCUACCUCUUCACGGGGGGCAUUCCUGACCAGGACACGCCCAUGCUCAGUGCCUACAUGGCCGAGGCCUGUGGGGGCUGCGACCUCCAACUGCAUGUGUGUCUCUUCUACGUGGGUGAGCCACAGAUGGACACCACACCCCCUGCCUGCUAUGCCAGUCGCACGGACACAGCCGCUGCCUACAGGGAGGUCACACGGGCUGCUGGUGGCCGCUUCCAUUGGUUUGGAGACACAGGCAUUUAUGAGAGCGAUGACAUCAACACCAUCAAAUCCGAGAUGGAAAAGGCUUUCAACUACUCCCAAAAGUGUGCCUUACUCGUGGCCUCCCUGAAGAACCAUUCGAGAAAAGAACUGGAAAAUGCAGCCCUCUCAAAAGAAAAGCCAAAGAUGCUUCAGCAAAGAAGCCAGCCCAAGAAACUCUGCUGUCCCAAGCCCACAGCCCCAUCCAUGGCCAGAAUGAAUGUUAAAGAUGACCCUGACAGAGAGAAGAGCCCCACCUUGAAAGCUCUAAAAUGGCGUCUACGCAGCGGCAGAACGGGCAUCUCACCAGCUGCAGCCCAGCCAGGGAAAGAAGGAGCAACAGAACGGAGGAGGAAGACCACGUCAAGGGAAGCAGAGACAUCUCUCUCACUGUUCUACACAGAGAUAGGGAAUAAUGUGGGCUCAGUGUACAAGAAGUACCCUCAAGGAAGGAGUGUAAGAAGCACUAGCUCUUCUAUUGACUUACCCAGAAAGGAUACAGUUUGCUCCAGCCAAGAGUGGAUAGCAAAUUAUGGGCUGAAAAAGCUGAAGCUGGAGAUCUCCAGAUGCAUCAGUCCCAACUGCACUCAUCAAAAGUCAGGACAGAGUUCAGCAUCAACCAAAUACUGCAGUGUCCUACCCAGCAUCGAGAUCCAUGGAGUGGUGAGACACAUUUGGUGGACGCCCAGGGAAAUGGACAUGUACAUCACAUGCCUGGAGAAGGUGAUGAGGCGCUAUGUCCAGAGGCUUCAGUGGCUGUUGUCCGGAAGCCGCCGACUGUUUGGCACCGUUUUAGAGAGCAAAGUAUGCAUCCUACUGGACACAUCAGGGUCCAUGGGCCCCUAUCUGCAGCAGGUGAAGACAGAGCUGGUUCUGCUGAUUUGGGAACAGCUGCGGAAGCACUGUGACAGUUUUAACCUGCUCAGCUUUGCAGAGGGCCUUCUGCCAUGGCGGGACACUCUGGUGGAGACCACAGAUACAGCAUGUCAUGAGGCUAUGCAAUGGGUGACCCACCUGCAGGCUCAGGGGAGCACCUCGGUCUUGCAGGCAUUGCGGAAAGCUUUCAGUUUUCACAAUCUGGAAGGAUUGUACCUCCUGACCGACGGGAAGCCAGACACAAGCUGCAGCCUUGUUCUAAAUGAGGUCCAAAGACUCAGGGAGAAAAGAGAUGUGAAAGUGCAUGCCAUUUCCUUGAACGGCUCAGACAGAACAGCGGUUGAGUUCCUGAGAAAGCUGGCUUCCUUCACUGGAGGGCGCUAUCACUGCCCCGUUGGUGAGGAUGUGCUCUUCAAAAUCUGCGGCCCGCUGACCAGAGGCUUCAUCAAGGAAUGGGAUGCCCCGUUGCCACCGUUUGAAGGAGACGAUUUAAUACAGCUAGCUCAGGAGAUCACCAAGGCCAGAGGCUUCCUCUGGCAGGCCCAGUCCUUCAGAUGCCAACUCCAGAAGAAAAACAAUGUGGAACCAAAGGUCGCUGUUUUAGAGAAGUGUUCUCAGAAAGGCCAUCCUGCAAAGGACCACCCACUGAGCACAGCUUGACCCUGAGGGCAGGAUGACUUGGAAGGCCAUGACCUGCAAGAAACACAAUUCCAGGCAACGGGACUCUCUGGAAGCUAAGGAAGGACAGGCUCUGUUCUUUGUGUGGGGCCUCAUCUCAGGUCUACCCUAACUUUCCCGCCCUGUCCCGCCACAUGCCCUACACUCCAGCCAUGAUAUUGUCACUCUCUGGGAAGCCCUGCAUUGAGCCCCUGGCCAAGAAGGUGCUUCUUGCUGUUCUCUGUCUGGUGACUCUUGCUCAUCCAAGGCACAGCUCAAAUGACAUCAGCUCCUCUGCAAAGAUGUCCCUGAGAUUCAUCUAGAGCAAGGAGCCUCCAGGCAGAGCUGGGAGCCUCCUUCCUCUAGUAGCAUCCUGACCAACUGUACCUCUAUUGCACUCAACACUCGAUAGCGUAAUUCCUUGCUCACUGAUCUGACUCUUCUUGACUGUGAGCUCCCUCAGGAUGAGACUGGUGUCCUAGCCAUCCGUGGGUCCCCAGAACUUCCCACGUGGCAGACACGUGGCAAACAGUGUGCUUCCAGCUGACUUGCGGGAGCCCAACUCUGCGAAUCAAUCAGAUGGGUUGUUUCUACCCUGGUCUUUCCACAAAGACCAAUGCAGUUUCACUGUCAGCCUCUCCUGGGAGCAGAAAAAACAACUGAGCCUCCCCGUCAUUCCUACCUUACACAACCAAACUGAACUGAAGGUUGCUCUGGGGCCAGUCCAGAGCAAAUGCUCUACUCAAGCAUGUGAAAUCAGGCUGGGUCUUCCAGGUCCAGCCCCACUGUAUACAUAGGAAACGAAUGGGUCAUGCAUUAUGUCAUCUGGGGUCAUUUUCUAAAAUUAAAAAAAUGCUUUUAUUUCAUUAAUAGGAU